AUAUAUUAACUUAUUGGAGUUUUUUUUUUAAAUGACAAUGGCAAGAGUUCAAUGGAACAGAUUCAUCUUUCACCAACAAAGCAAUGAGUGAUUAACAAGAAAAGUUUGUUCGGUCAAAGAAGAUGACAAGCGUUUGUUUAAAUCUAAGCGAAAGCUUGAAUACUGCUGAUAGAAAUGGAAAUCCUGAAGAAGAUGUUACUGAAAUCAACCAAAGAGAAAAUAUAUUUUUGGAACCACAUAAAAAGGCUACAAAAACUCCACUGAAGCAACAAUUGUCUACCUCGCAUUCAGUAUUGGGAGCAAUUAAACCAGACUUGGGAGCCAUGACGACACCAACAAAGCUUCAGGAAUCACCUGUUGGAGAGCCAUGGACACCUACCGCUAAUUUGAAAAUGUUAAUCAGUGCAGCUAGUCCAGAAAUUAGGAGCAGAGAAAAGAAGAAACAGGAGCUAUUUGUGGAUGAUGAUCUUACUUCAGAGACUAAUGAGAAUUUACAGGACCAAUUAUCUGGGGAAGAAUUUGAGAAAUUUCAUCCAAGUCGCAAAGAAAAAAGCCUGGGUUUGUUGUGCUAUAGAUUCCUGGCACGAUACCCUGAUUAUCCCAAUCCUGCACUGAACAACGAUAUAUGCUUGGAUGAAGUAGCAGCAGAAUUGAAUGUUGAACGUAGGCGUAUCUAUGAUAUUGUGAAUGUUCUAGAAAGCUUGCAUAUGGUCAGCCGCCUUGCUAAGAAUCGGUACCUGUGGCAUGGUCGCCACAAUCUUGCACACACACUGGGAACAUUGAAGAAUGUUGGUGAAGAUCAAAAAUAUGCAGAACAGAUGUUGCAUAUUAAGAAGAAAGGAUUUGAAUUACAUGAAAACUAUAUAAAAGAGCCACUACGUGAGCAAAAUUCAACCAAUGUCAGUGAGGUGAAAUCUAAAGAAAUGUAUUUUGUGGAACUUCCUGGAAUGGAAUUUAGAGCAG